AAAACAAUUGCUGUGAUCCAUGAUAAUGCACGAAAUAUGGUGGCUGCAAUGCGGGGAAGCUCUACUGCUGACAUCAACAUCGGUCAAAGUGUUCGUUGCGUUUGUCAUUCGUUGCAGCUUGUUGUAGAAAAAGCUUUUAAUGAAGAACAUUUUCAAAUACAUCUUCAAAAAGUUUCUGCAAUCGUUGGUCACUUUAAACAUUCAUAUAAAGCAACAAAAGCUCUUAAAGAUGCCCAGAAAUUACAUAAUUUACCUGACCAUUCUUUGAUUAGCUACUGUGUAACUCGUUGGAAUUCCGCUUACAAUAUGAUUGAACGGCUAUUGGAACAAAAACAAGCAGUUGAAAGUGUGUUACUGAAUCUUGAGUUUACAACUACAGCAAUGUGUAAAAAAUUGCUUUUACGUAAUUCAGAAUGGAAUUAUUUAAAAGAUUUGGUCCGAAUUUUGAAACCAUUUGAAGUAGCGACGAAAAUGAUGUCCAGUCAAACGGAAUCAACUAGUGGAAUGGUACGGCCACUUAUUCAUUCAAUAAUAGAUAAGUUCUUGAUGAUUGAUGAUUCAGAUGACCCUCCGAAAAUUCAAUCACUUAAAGAAGUCUUUCGCGAAGAACUAGAAGCUCGGUUUUUGGGAGAAGAUUAUGAUUCCGUACCUACAUUAGCUUGUUUUUUGGAUCCUAGAUAUAAAAAUAUGGCCGAUGAAACUCAAGAAUUCCGAAAGUCGGUCGAAGAAAAAAUUUUAAAAAUUAUAGCCAAAGAAAAUGUUGAAGAAACACCAGCAGCUAUCGCUAAAAAUAAGAGAGAGAAAGAUUUGGAUUAUCUCUUUGAUGGUGAAGCUUUAUCUCAAAGUUUUGAGAGAAUGGCAAGUUUUGAAAGUGAUAAUCCAAAUAAUCUGGAUAAUGUAAACGAAAGAGAAAUAAAUAGCUUCAAAAUGGAGCCAAAUAUUCCGUGUGGUGACAACCCUCUUCAUUGGUGGCACUCAAAACGCCAUGAGUUUCCUAAACUGGCUAGGCUGGCGAGAAGAUACUUAGGUGUCCCAGCAUCAAGUACACCCUCUGAAAGGGCUUUUUCCACAGCUGGAAAUAUUAUUAGCUCAAAACGCAACUGUUUACUACCCGAAAAUGCUAAUUUAUUGAUUUUUCUCUAUCAAAAUAGAAGUAUUACAGAAAACAAAUUCAAUAAUUAACU